UUGAUUCGCAUUGCCCCGUCUUGGCAGCAACUGGUUGCUCCUGGUGAGGUUCCCAUCGGCCAGGGAGAUAUGUAGUUGCCAGGUGGAUCUCGAGGUAGCCGGUGGAGGGUUGACAUGGGCCACGAGGUCGUAUCGACCCACGUAGUCGUCGUGUAUAGAGACCAGCUUGACCGGAUGAUAAAGGGCGAGUUUAUCUGGCAGCCUUAUGUUGGGGUCCUGCCGACGCUCCCAGAUUAUUGCCGACUAGGUAAGGAGAUAUGGAUGGCGAGAAUACCGCUCAUUUGUUUUGACGUGGUUGAGUGGCAUCUUCCUGAUCGUGUCCUUCGACAGUUUGGUCGGGUCCAAUCUGUGCUGGAUCGGUGCGACACCGAGUGGCGGUUGCAUGCGACUGAUAGAUGUGGUCGAGUUGGCACUGACUGGAGUGUGCAUCAUAUACGAUACAUACAGUUGUGGGAUGCCCGUCGCGACAGUAUUGUACAGGCUGACUGGAGCGAUGGGGUCCUCCCCUCUCCCGACCCUUACAUAUUGUGGUAUCGGCGACAUACACACCUACUAGUUGGUAAUCCGAGCCACCUGUCUGAGUUCGGAUAUCAGGGAGUUGGGCCUUCUCUCGAGGCAUUGGUGAGUAUCAUAGUAUGUGUCAGAUAAUUGUUAAUAUCAUAAUUGAUUUACUUUCAGUCAACUAUAGCCUAAUAUGUCUGAUUUUUUGUUCAGGUGGUUCGAGCUAGGAGGUCAUAUCACUUGGCUAAGGACGCCCUUUUUAGACGUGAUGGACAGCUUGGUCUACAGGCCCUUGCAGAGAUCCGAGAGUUAUUGUACGAGGGGAUCCAGCAUGCUCAUCGGGUAGAUCGUCUGUAUUUUGGGGACUACGGUAUACACAGUGCAGCAGUUGCUCCAGACACAUCAGUCCCGUCAACGUCAGUGCCUUCCACUUCAGCGCCAGCCACAUCAGGUCCUCGGACUUCAGUCACCUCACUGCAUGAUACCCCAUACAUUUCUCCAGAUUCCCCAUACGUACAUCCUACCCAGCAUGCUGACCCUGGUUGGACACCGCCCCGGUACAUGCAUGCUGUUGUUACCCCACCCACCCAGUUACCACCUGCUUUUCUAGGGACUACUUCGAUCGCGCCCAUGAGUACACAUGAUGCAGUUCUCAUUGACAUCUCCCAUGUUGAGGAUGAGGCCCAUAUUGAGCUCCCCCCCAGAGCGCGAGGGAGAGGCCGAGGUUAUGGUCAUGGGGGACGUCGCGGCCGAGGUCGGGGUGCAGGCAGAGGCAGAGGUCGAGGUCCAGCUGCAGAUCGUGAUACAGUUGCACCAGAUGAGGGAGUUUCACAGCUCACAGCAGUAUCUGAUCUUCAAGCAGAGACGGGAUCAGGGGCAGUAGAUACAGGAGAAGAGGGGUCACACUCACAGGUUCCACAGGCAGUCAGUGGAGGGCCACAUGUAGGGGAAGGAGUGCCAGAUAUUCAAAGAGUCUACCGCAGGAGAACGAGGAGGGAAGUCCACGGUCGGGGUUGUGGGACUGGGGGCAGGUUAGGGCAUU